GUUGAAUCUUCGAAAAAUAGAAAAUUCAAAUAGGUUUGCACGUUGACACUUUUUAGUCGGAUCAACCCAACUAACCGAAAAUAAGUCUUAUUGAAAGCUGUUCAUGGCAUGCAACGUGUUCGGCGAUCCAAUUACAUAUUCGAGUUUGGAAAGAAUGUCGGAAUACGUUGGAAAGGAGAAAAGAAGUGAAGAUAGGGCAUACGUGGCAUUACAAUUGAAGAAUGUUGGAGCAAAAGGUAAGAAUGCGCUUGAAUACUUGGAGAAGUUGAAUGCACAAUGGGGAACCGAAGUCUCAACAAUGGGCUUAAUUUACAACGCUACUGGAAAUGCCAUAAAGCUUUUGAAAACUCAUGAUUGGCAUGGUUGUAUUGGAGCUUCACCUUUUCCUAUUAGGAUUGAAAAUGGACAAUGGGGUGUGUUUCUACAUGUCGAUACGGACUUAACAGGCUCAGAAGCUGCUGUUGUAUAUCGAGGCGAAAACUUGCGUGGUGUAACUACUGAUUGGUUUCUAUCUUGGUCUAAUCCACCAUCAUAUCAGCUCACAACAAACAAGGUUUUCACUAAGCGUGAUGAACAUAAUCCUUUUGUUGGUGCCAAUCAUUCUUCUGGAAAUGAUCUUUGGAAUUCGCUCUCUAAAUUGCUGCAUGAGUCAUCUCUCUGCCAUUCAGUGAACCAGUACGAAAGCCAAUCAGCUGGUUCCAUUGGAAAUGGUAGCACUGUCAUUUGUGAGGCAAUUUUCAGUAUAAUAAAUUGAUCAAACCCUACCUUAUCCAAUCUAUAUAUAUAGGCCUUUCUUUGUACAUGCAUAGUUUAAAUAAAACAUCUAUUUACCAUAAAUGGAUGUA